UCUGUUCUAUCUGCUAUUGUUGCUCUGCAAAAAGGAUUGGUGUCAUCACAUUCUGCCUUUGCGUUCCUUCCUAUGACGUCAAUAGUGUCUGGUAUUGUGCAUAAUGUUGCGUGGGCUGAAAUAUUGAGCCGGCAUAUAUUUUACGUGUCUUUUAUUUAUUUCACCUUCCCAGUGACAUGCUCUGUAAUAGCUUUGCAAUAGACAGGGACCUAAAGAGGACACGGACAUGUUUUAUCUAUCUAACUCGGUCAGUCUACGUCAACUAAUGGCUGUUGUGUUGUUCUUUUCCUCCAGGUAAAGGCCAACAGCCAAUCAGCAGCGUAGUCAGGGUGCAACAUGCAAAUAAAGCAGGUGUCAGCGGGGAGGGACCGCAGAGGGAAACGGCUGUUAUUUGGAUUAACCACAUAUGUCGGGCGUUUCAGAUGAAAGGUGACACAAAUGUGUCUCCGGACAAGUUCACCGGGUCCGUUUAGAGAAGAUUUGGAAGCGUUCCACUGUCAUCCAGAAGGACUGGUAAUGUCUGAGUUUCAACUCGCUGCCGUCUCUGAGAAUGGACUAAAGUUGAAGGAGCGACACUGAAGCUGUGAGCGCUUUCCCAGAUGGAGACAGACUUGAGGCUGGAAUCAAGUCUGUGGGUCGGUAACAAACGGCACCGAGCCGUGUUGACGGGCUGGUAUUUUAACUGGACGGACGUAGAUAAGAAGAAAACAAUUUCAGUGCCCGUGGCAGAGGUGGUGGGAGUGGAGGAGGGACAGGUCCAGGUCCUGCCCCAGAAGACUGUGGUUGAAAAAGACAAAGACUUCACAGUUUUCUACGUGAAGCGCAGCAGCACAGGGGGCUCCUCUGGGUUGUUAUGGAGACUGGGGCAGACUCAGUUCAGCUGCCCCAGUCGAGUCCUCAGAGACCAAUGGAUAAAACAACUGAGGACAGCUGUCAAGACACACAGUCCACUGCGCCCAAGUAAAUUGUUGGUUUUUAUCAAUCCUUAUGGAGGAAAGAAAAGAGGAAGGCAGAUCUACUCUUCUCUGGUUGCACCCUUGUUUGAGCUGGCUGGUAUCAGCUCCAAUGUAAUAGUGACUGAGCGGGCGAACCAGGCCAGAGACCAUCUCCUGAAGAAGGACCUGACCGACUUAGACGGUGUGGUCUGUGUGGGUGGAGAUGGCAUGUUCAGUGAAUUACUUCAUGGUUUGAUCGAUCGCACACAACAAGAGGCCGGCCUCUGUGUGAACGAUCCAGCUGUAGCUUUACAGCCAUGUCCUCUUCAUAUUGGCAUCAUUCCUGCAGGUUCUACAGACUGUGUGUGUUACACCACCGUAGGAGUGAUUGACCCUGUUACGUCAGCUUUGCACAUUGUCCUCGGAGACUCCCAGCCUUUGGAUGUGUGUUCAGUUCAUCACGCCUCUGUGCUGGUGCGCUACUCCGUGUCUCUAGUGGGUUAUGGCUUCUAUGGUGAUGUACUGGCUGAGAGUGAGAAACACCGCUGGAUGGGCCCUCUCAGAUACGACUAUUCUGGUACGAUGGUGUACCUCAGCAACAGAAGCUACCAAGGUGUAGUCGAAUAUCUGCCGGCAGAUCCACUAUUGUCCAGCCCCAGGGAUAAAACCCGCUGCCUCUCAGGGUGCACUUUGUGUUCCAGAAGCACUGAGAGACUCUUCCCCAACUCCUCAGACUCAGGAUCUCUGUACAGCGCCAACUUCAGUUCAUUCAGUAAUGACUCAGAAGGUGAGUGGGUGCGUGUGGAGGGCAGCUUCAGAUGUGUGUCUCUCACUUGCAUGUCCAGCUCAUGUCCCAAGAGUCCUCUGGGCCUCUCUCCGUCCGCUCACCUGGCAGAUGGGACAGGAGACCUCGUCCUGGUGUGGGACACUCACCCGCUUGGUUUUCUCAAGUUCCUGCACAGACACACGAGCACACAGGACCAGUUCGACCUGCCGUUUGUGGAGGUUCACCGUGUGAAGGCCAUCCGUUUCUCCCUUCCUUCUGGCAAAGAGGAGGAAGCCCACGAAGCCGUGGUAGGACAGAAGGGUGGGCCAGAUGAAGAGGUCUACACCGAUACUGGGAGCUGGAGCGGCUCUCAGCAGCGGCUGUCAGACAGAGGGCCAGGGCAGGAAACGAGAAGCCACCAGAAGACAGUCAGCCCCUUCCUGUGUGGUCUGUGCUGCAGCAAAUCUCCGUCUGUGUCUGUGUGGAACUGUGACGGAGAGAUUCUGCCUUUCACUGAGAUCCUCUGCAGGGUCCACUGUCAGCUGGUGCAUCUGUAUGCCCGGGGCAUCGAGGACGGAGCAGCAGCACAGAACAGCAACGAAGACGAUACCAGGUGUGAGAGGAGGUGCAUCCUUCACAAAUAGCCUUGAUAGAGAUGAGGAGGAGGAGGAGAAGGAGUGAAGUUGUUGUAGGUUCAUUUGUGAAUGUCUGGAUUUGCAGUCGGUCAUUGCCAAAUUGUUCCUAAUAUUUCAGGUACUUCCAUUCCAUUCUCACUGAAGCGAUAAAACUAUUAUUUAUUAUUAUUGUUGUUAUUGUUAUUGUUGUUGUCUAUGGAGCACAUUUGAUCCUAUUUAACUCAAAACUGUACAUGUUGUGAUCAUGAAGGUUUUGUUCAAUGGAUUUUUAAUUCAUGAUCGCCUGAGGUCUGAGGAGAUGAAAUAAAAGUGUUUUAAUAUUUAUAAAA